CAUCAGUGCUUUUUCUUCAGUCUCUCCUCAAUGCUCUCAUCAGAUAGAAGCAAUCUAUGAGUCCAGGAUGUCCUGCCUGUGGAAAUGUUUGAGUCUGCUCUGCUCUGCUUUCCUGCAAAGCAGUGCCUCAUCAUCAUCAGAUAAAUAUGUGUCACUGAGGUGCGAUGAAACAGUGGAAGUUGAAGCUGGAGAGAAUGUGACACUAAACUGCUCUAUACAUUACCAGUACAUGAGCCCUUCAGAUAGAGAUGGAUGUUCUGUACUAAAAGUUACCUGGAAAAACACAAGUGGCAACAUACCAUGUGACAGUGGCUCAAGAAAAUACAUCUGUGAAUGGGAUCAGAAGAACUAUGUGUCGUUGACCAUCUCAAAUGUCACGACAGAGGAAAAUUACACCGUUGUUGUACUGACAGACUGUGGUAUGGCUAAAUCAUCUCCUAUCAACGUGCAAGUUAAAGACACCAGCAUCAGCAGUGAAACUGCUGGAACACAGCUUGAAUCAGCCACCAAGCCCCUUGUGAUAGGAACCAUAUGCAGCAUUUCUAUCAUUCUCGUUGUUGGCAUUUUUUAUGUCCUCUUUGAAACUAACUGUGGCAGACGAAUCAUCAACACAUCAUGGGGAACAAAGACUCAAGGAAACAACAAAUAUACAGACUUGCUGAAGAGUAAAGAGUCACUGAUUGUUUUCAAUCACUGAUUUAAUCUGAUUAAAGAGACGCUGCACCAGUUCUACUCAUGAAAUUCAGUUUCCUCAUAAUAAAGAGCACAGCUCUUCACAACCAUUUGUGAAAAGUGUAGUAUAAUGUUUUCUAUGGCUGUAAAGAGAGCUUGACUAGGGGAAUGUUUCAGUCAUUUAGCAUAGCACUCCUGUUAAAAUUAUACUGAACAAUAAAAAAAAAAGUUAUAAAAAUUGUUUCUGCAGAAUCAGAGAUACUGUAUUUUUUUCAUACUUUUAUCUUCCUUGUCAAAAUCUGGCAUCUACAUUACCUACAAUGCAACUUGACUGGUUGAGUUUUUUUCUCUUAGUCCGAGUGUCAUGCUAGAUGUGCAAGUUUACACCUCUGUGGACGUGCCAUACAAUUCAAUUCAUUCUUAAUUAAAACAAGCUAAGUAGUAAUCAAAUGUAAAUCUGAAAACGUAUACUGUGAAGGAAGUGAUUGCUUUAGUAUGCUGGACACAUAACUGUGUCCAACAGUUAUGGUGCAGGUUAACCCAGCCACUGUACAUGAACCAGAAAUGAGUGAUGGAACAUCUCUUCAAAUAAACCUUCGUGAGUAACAAGCACUUCCUCGCCUUUGAUGUAAUGCAGCACAGUGCGCACACACAGCUGAUAAACAGAAACACGAGUCACAUUUCCUUUCUUCACCACACUGCUCUUUUUAAGCAAUCAUGCAACAGUCAGCCUGUCAGUGAGUUAGGCUAGUGCAUCUUGGGCUGAGUCUGCUGCAGCCUGCCUGCAGCCCAUCUUGCGGGAUGAAAGCCCAUUGGUGGAGCUGUGUGUUGGGAUUACUCUGCAUGCCUGCUGAGGUAAUACUCCACACCUGGACAGUGUCUCAAAAGCCCUUGUCCAUCUCUCAAAUGAGGGUAAACUCAUCUGCUGAGAUCGCAUGUUCCACAUCAUUGUCUGACCCGUUGGGGCUCUACCUGCAGAGGCAAUUCCAUGGUGAAAAGGACGUUAUGUACCUAUCCUUGCAUAAUGGACAAGUCACCAAGAAUACCACAGCUGCAAAAUUUAGAGGCCGCAUUCAUGUGACUCCAGACCUGCAGAUCGGGGCAGGUUAUGGGUUCACGCUGCGGUUGUCUCUGCUGGCAUUGGAGGACACAGAUAUGUAUUACUGCACCUGGACUUACUUCAAACCAAAGACGGCGACACGAGAAACCAAGUCCAGCAAUGGCACAAUAAUCAUUGUCAGAGAGAAGAAUCCCCAGAGACAAUGCAAGCAGCAGAUUUUUGAUCUCAUCUUGAUUUCCUUGAGUGCGGCAGCGUUUGCCAUCGUACUGUCCCUCCUGAUUGGAGCACUGAUUUUCAGAUGCAAGCAAUUUAACAAGCAAUUCAGACCUGCAAGAGCUGCAAAACCACCGAGACACGAGAACCCUCAUAACAUCUGUCCUCAGAACAGACAUCGGCAUUGUUCCUAUGUCACACCUGGGAAUUUGGAUUUCAAGGGCAUCCUGUAAAGCUUAGAGUUUGUGCAAAAAAAUGAUGAUAAGAGAUGACGAUUCUUUGAAAAAAAUAUGUGUUGACUAAACAGGAAAUUUAUUGGACUGAGAGUGAGGCAUUUUUUGAGUGGGCAGCUUGUGAUGUGCAUAGCCUGUGAAAAGCGUCUCACUUCUUGUUCUGUUUUUCGUUUCCUUUUAUACACAAAUUUGUGUUUUGUGUGCAGAAAAAUGACUGAUCUACCACAUCCUGAGUGAUGUGGUGUGUUAGAAUGUUUUGCAUGUGAACAGUAUUGAAUGAAAAACAAGCUUUUUUUUUUUUUUUUUUUAAAUUCCAUAAGAUGCAUCAUACCUACCUUGACCUGAGUUUUGUGACAUGGGCAAUGUAGUCGUUUCCAUUGUGUCUCAUAACUUUCAAGAAAUGAGAGGCACAGUUGUCUGUCUGACUUGAAAGGUACAAUAAAGAUACGCUUUUUCCAGUUGUGCUGUUAUUCUCUAGAAUUCUCGCCCCUUCCAGUCAGUCCAAAAUCAUUGAAAAUAAAUACUCAAGGUGACAAAAGACCUCCCCACUAAAUACACCUCUAUACCAGUCACACCCUAAGAGGUUUAAGCUUGUGUAUUUCAGCUUUCAGCUGAUGCCUUCUAAACAGGUGCUGUUUCUUUUUUUCUUUUUUUUUACCUCACAGGUCUGCUAUAAGUGAGACAGGAAAUAACUUGCAGACAACUUUGUGUAGCUCAAGUGUCACCAGGCAAUGUCAGUGCAUGAGCAUACAAAGCAUGUGCUCAUGUUAUUUUAUCUUUAGAUUUUUAUCAUUAUUAUUGUUAUUAUUAGAAAUUCAGGUUUUCUUAAACUAACUUUUGCAUGACAUGAAUAACAUAAGACAUAAGACUGGAUUUUAAAUCACCAAGGACAGGUAACAGAACAAAUGUGGGCAAGUGAAAGGUGAAAGUAGCUUAUACAUGUAACAGUAAUUAUCAUUCAGGCCUAUUGUAAAAGUUUACUGUCACAUUUUAUUUCUCAGUAUUGCCCCCAUUUGGAGCUUAAUAUCUUGAUGUUCUGAUUCCUAUACAGACAACUAUGCAAAAAAAAAAAGAAAGAAAGAAAGAAAGAAAGAAAGAAAAAAUAAAUAAACAGUACAGUGUCCGUGUACAGAAGCCUGGUGGUCAAUGGUGAAACUGGUGGAAAAGCUUGUCAGUUUGUAAACAGACUAAAUACCUAAAGGCACACUGCUCCCGUGGAACCUGCGCGCUGAAGUGUCGGUUUUCCACGGACUCUUAUCGGUGUAACACAAUGUGCAGCCUUGAAAACAGACUGUGUAGAUGAUAAUAUUGUAACUAUGUAAUAAAGUUAAUAUUUUAUUAUAAACGAAAAGCGGCUCCAAGCUCGUAAAUGUAGAUCACUGUUAGCAUUCAUUAGCUCGCUAGGGGUACACAGCCUGUGAAAACUACCCCGGAAAGAUAAACGUUUUUCACCUUGGCUUUUGCUCUCAGCCCUACUGACUGUCCAAAGCUCAGAGCAGAGCCAGCUAUGUGAAGCUGGUUCCCAGAUCCCCGGAAAACAACACACUGGAUUUUACUGUUUCUUGGUUUAAAGCCAGAGGGGGGGCAAAGAAAGAUGAGCUGCCAUAAACUGCUCUUCUCCAGGCUCAAGGUGUGGGCUUCAGCAAGAAGUGGAUGGAUGAGUCGACUUCAUGAUGGCAUGCGUGGGCGAGGAAUGGCACCUAUUCACUCAGCAACACAACACUAUGCACCAAAGGUGUGUGUAGUGGGAAGCGGUCCAGCAGGUUUCUACACAGCACAGCAUUUGCUCAAGGCCCGUCAAGAUGUUGAGGUGGACAUUUAUGAGCGCCUGCCCGUCCCCUUUGGCCUGGUCAGGUUUGGAGUGGCCCCUGAUCAUCCUGAAGUGAAGAAUGUCAUCAACACUUUCACACAGACAGCCAAACAUUCGCGCUGUAGUUUCUAUGGUAAUGUAAAUGUGGGCGAGGACGUGAGUAUUGAGGAGCUGCAGGGAGCCUACCAUGCAGUUAUACUGAGUUACGGGGCAGAGGGCAACAGGAGAAUGGGAGUGCCUGGAGAAGACUUGGCUGGUGUGUACUCUGCCAAAGACUUUGUGGGCUGGUACAAUGGGCUGCCCAGCUGCAGAGAGCUCAGUCCAAACCUUAGCUGUGAAACAGCUGUCAUUCUGGGACAAGGUAACGUGGCCUUGGAUGUAGCACGACUCCUGCUCUCUCCCGUUGACAUUUUAGAGAAAACUGACAUCACUCAGCCAGCCCUGGGGGCUCUGUCAAAGAGCCAGGUCCGCAGGGUGCUGAUUGUUGGCAGGAGAGGACCCAUACAGGUCGCUUGCACAAUCAAGGAGCUCAGAGAAAUGGUGAACCUGCCGGACACCAAACCUGAGAUGGCAGUGGCUGAUUUUGAAGGUAUCACAGAGGCUCUUAAAGAUUUGCCAAGGCCCAGGAAGCGUCUGACGGAGCUGCUGUUGAAGACGGCCCUGGAGACUCCAGGAGAGAAGGAGCAGGAGAGAAGAAGCAAGGCAUCCCGCUCAUGGGGCUUUCGAUUCUUCCGGAGCCCCGUCGAAGUCCUGGCCGACCCCGAGCGCAAGAGAACAGCUGGCAUCCGACUGGCGGUCAACAGACUGGAGGGCUCAGGCGAGGGAGCCCAGGCAGUGCUGACUGGAGAAGUGGAGGACGUGGCCUGCGGCCUGGUCAUUAGCAGCAUUGGCUACAAGAGCCUUCCCAUCGAUCCAUCAGUGCCGUUUGACUCCCGCAAAGCCAUCGUCCCAAACACCAUGGGCCGCGUUCAACAAGCUGCAGGUUUAUAUUGUAGUGGCUGGCUGAAAACUGGCCCCACUGGGGUGAUAGCCACCACCAUGAACAACAGUUUUGACACUGCUCGAUCGUUAGUGGAGGACAUGGAGUCGGGAGCACUGGAUGUAUCUGCUGCCAAACCUGGGUCACAAAUCAUCAGCGCUCUCCUGGAAGAGAGAGGAGUGAAACCGGUGACUUUCUCAGACUGGGAGAAGAUCGACAGUGUGGAGAUGAAGAGAGGCGAAGCCGCGGGAAAACCCCGAGAAAAAUUACUGACUGUGGAAGAAAUGCUUCAGGUCGCCCGAACAUGACCGAAGACGCUGGACACUGAAUAACUGUUGUAGCAGUUAUGAAAUAACAACACUUGUUGUCAAUAGGGACCUCAAUGACUGAGCACUGUGGGAACAGAAAAUAAAAAAGCAGUGUGAAGUACUCAACAUGGAUGUAAUUUCUUUUGUACACAUUAAAAGCCGGCGCUGUAGUUCACCUCAUA